GUUCGCCAUCCGCCAAAAUUGAAUCGAAUUUAUUUAUGUGUUUUAUUUGUGGAUUUAUUAAAAUUUAUUUAAUUUAUUAGCUAUGAAAUUCGACACUUCAUAACCUUCGAUUUUAAAAUGUCUAAACGAUUUAUAUUUCCUCAACAACAAGGCGAACGUAAGAAAGCUAAACUCGAUGUAACUAUAUCAGAUCAUAAUUUUCCGCUAAGUCAAAAUCCGGGACAAGACUCUAAUCAAGAUAACUGGGGAGAUGACAAUGACGAUGAAAUCCUUCUCUUGGCCAGCCAGGCUUGCGAGCAAGCCUACAAUAAUGACAUCAGUUCAUUACCAGACUACUCUUUGUGUAUGCAGCCAAAGUCCACAAGCACACAAAUCAAUGAUCCAAACCCUAGCACUUCUAACUCGGGAUUCGCCUUUAAAAAACCAAGUAUGUCUGUAUCCAACUCUUUGUCUACAAAUCUCAAAAACAAAUAUUCCAUGAUUUCCUUACCACUACCUGGUAUGUCUUCAAGGAUACAAUCAUCAAAUAUAAUAAAUGAUGAUUUAAAUUUUAACGAUAAGGUGUAUAAAGGGCAAGAUUCAGAUCAGUUAUACAGGCAAUUACUUCAAAUACAAGUGGAAAAUGCGAAAUUGAAGUCUGAGAAUGGGAAAUUAUUGGAGAAGUGUGUUACAAAGGAAGGCGAGGCAUCAAUACUUCGGACCCAAUUGAAAACAUGUCAGAUUGCAGUGGAUAAUGCGAGGUUAGAAAAGAUUAAGGCCCAGGAGAAAGUGCAGAUGGAAUGGACAGACAAAUUAUCAGCAGCUAAUGUCCAAUUGCACGAUUUAAGAACACAGUUAGAUUUCAAGAAUCUUGAAAUAAUCAGCAUCAAGGAGAAAUGCAAGAAGUUGGAGUCAUCAAAAAUAAGACUGACACAAGUUACAAUUGGUAACAAUGACAUAUCCUUAAGUCACAGAAAUAAUAAUAGUAUUACACAAAACGACUCAUUCCCACAACAGCGUAGAGUGAUAUCCACACACAGUGCAACGCAGACAACCACAGCUAAGGAGCAUUUCCUUAAACUGAACAAGAAUUGUUUACUAGACAGUACGGACCUAACGGAGAUUUUACCACUAAUCCUUGAGCCCACGGCGGGACAUCACAGCAUAUUGGAAUAUAACGAGAAACUACAGAAACAUACGGACUCACAGAACAAAUGCAGAGUAUAUAGUACGUUUCAUAGAUUACCGUCUACGCCCGCCCCUUCUAAAGAAAUUGGUAGGAAUAAAGUCGUGUUAGCGAAUGUAUAUGAAGACUUAACGCGAAUCGCUGCGUGUUCGCAUCCCGAAGACUUAGUGGAGAAGUGUUGUAAUGUGUUCAAAGCUGUAAAGUCAGUGUUGCAAGAAGUCCAAAGUGAAUUGGAGAUAGUUUCUCAGCGGGCCACGACCGCCUUCCAGAAGGAAAUGGACGAGAAAUACAUUGAAGCCGCGUCUAACUAUCUACAUGUUGAGAAAUUGGAUCUACUCAUGGGAAGAAGUCUAUACAAAGAGGAGCAAGCUAUGUUAGCUAGGAGAAUGUUAGCUGUUGUUGCGCACCUUUUGCAAAAUACCAAAGUUAUGGAUGUUUUUAUACAGACAAACAUACCUACAGGUUUGAUUGAAACAUUGAGACCAUAUCAAUUUUUGGACGUCGUUCAAAGGAUAUGCACUCUUCUCGAUGAUACUUCAUGCGCCACUUUAUACAGUGGUUUAUUGCUGUCAACCACAGCACUUAUACAAAAAAUACACCACGCACAACUGGACAAUAUAAAGAUGAACAUACUGAAAGCUAUAAUAUCAUCCCGUGCUAUGCCGUUUGUAGCUUGCGACGUUUUGAACGUUAUGAGAAAAAUCCCCGAUGAGUUAUUGAAGAAAUUGUGCCCAGGCGCAGGGGCUGGGAAUCUGAAGGUGGAUUACGAUCAAGGCGUCUUGUUGUUUAAAAAAGACUCGUGUUAUUUACAAGUGUUACUGAAACAAAUCGAAGCUGCUUUAAAGUGUAUGGAGAAACAAGGCUCUGUCGCCGCCGUUACGGUCGUGACGAGAAACCUCAUCGGGAUAUAUAGCAAUAUGAAUGUUGAGCAUUCCGAGCUGAAUCCUGAAUUGGGACAGAACAAAUGCGACUGCCACCUAGUUUUUUUACAAGUAAUCGUGUACGCUCUAAAGAUAUGUGCCGUUAUGUUGAAAAAUAAUCAUUAUAUUAGUGAAAGCAGUAAGCAGGAUCUCAUAGCGACCUGUCGCAGCGGCACGCUAGCGCUGCCGCGCGGCGCCGUGUUGUCGGCCCCGCACUCGGCGGCGAUCGCCGGCGCGCUCGCCGUGUGCUGCGAGCGCGCCGAGGGCGGCCCACACGGCGAGCUGUACGCGAACAUGCUAUCAGAAAUAUCGGCAAUGUUCCACCCUUCUCCCGAGGACAUGCCGGCGUCAUACCACAGACAAGCUUGGAUCAACAGCUUCCAGAACUUCUCUAUGACCGACUGAUUGUUUAGAAUGAAUGAAUGAAUGAAUUUUUUUAAAAUUAAUAUAAACUAUUAUUAAGGAUAGCCUAAUAUAACUUGGGAUUCUUCGUGUAGGCGAGGGGAUAGCAACCUAUUUGAUCUCAAUUCCAUUGUACGGCUGAGCGUGGCCUUUCAGUCUUUUCAAGACUUUUGGCUCUGCCUUCCUCGCAAGGGAUAUAGGCGUGAUGAUAAGUAUGUGUAUACAAACUAUUACAAGAGUAAAACUCAAAACUUGACGACGUACCAUGCUAUAGGGGGGUUGGUCAAGCUUUGAGUUUUACUCUUGUCAUAGUUUGUACAAACAUACAUUAUCAUCACGCGUAUAUCUGGACUGAGAUGGAAUUGAGAUUCAAAUACCAUUCAUUAAUAUCUUCCUACGAAUGUACAAAUUUCGAUCUGUAACAAUAAUUUACUGUUAUGUAAUAUGCCAUUGUAAAUAUGUUAAUAUUAAAUACAUAUAUGCCUGUAUUUUAAUAAAUACCUACUAUAUUAUAAUGAAUUAAUUUACACUAAUAAUUUGAUUGUCAAAGAUGCAGGACAUCACUCUGAAAUCACAGAUUCCAUGAUUCAAUACGGGUAAGGUUCCCGUGCAAAGGUUGCCGAAGUAACACGAGAGUCGCUUCGUCAACCUGACUUAUUCAAUCCAGGAUAUUGUCAAAGUGUGGCAAGUGGAAAGAGGUAGUCUCUGCCUACCCCUCCGGGAAAGAGGCGUGAUUUUAUGUAUGUAUGUAUAUUGUCAAAAAUGCACCCCGGACUCCUCUCCUGAAAGACAGGGUCCAAAAGGGACUAGAAAAAAGAAGUUGUAAUUUCAGAGUAAGACCUCAAUGUUCUUUGGGUAAAUUAAUUUUUAUACCUACUGUGAUUUUUAAAAAUGAAUAAAAAAAGACAUCAUUAUUUAAAUCGUAUUUAUUUUUAUUUAAUUAAACACUUAACAAUAUAAGUUAUGAACUAUGUAUAAUACAAUAAGAAUAGUCAAACGUUAUGAUGGUACGGAACACUUAGUGCGCGAGUCCGACUCAAUUUGCAGUUUAUAGAAAUGCUAAAAGGGAAUAAUACUACAAUUAAAUGGGACAUCAUGGGUUAUCUACCGAACCAAUCUUGAAAUUUUGCAUAUAUUUUGUAGAUACAAUAAUAUAUUUUGUAUAUAUUAUUCAGAGUCUAUAGAAGGACCACUUUUCAUCCCGGCAAAAACUAUUAUUCCC